UGUAGGUGAGUAGAUUGUAUACGAAAGUGAAAAUACGGGACACAGAGGGACAGACAUUCAAACGACAUACAAGGAAUACAUGUACUCAUCGACUGCAUGUAUCUUCAAUCAUUUGGUCUUGACUCUCGUCUGAAGUUGAGUCAAGGCCCAGCCCACGCUGCGGUUUUAGUUUGUAGUACGUGUUCAUCUCCGAUUUUGUACUGGUUGUGAGUCGUAUCCGUGUAAAUCAAUUAUCGGCGUGUGAACUGUUGAUAGCAGUGUCUCGUGUGAUACUGUCAUCUCGUGGAAUUUGGUCGUCGUCUAAUCGCCAUUGUAGAAUAUAAAACGCGGAAGUAUAUCGAAACUGAUAUAUCACUGACAUUCCAUCAUCUGAUGAGAAUCGUUAUAAUUUCGUUUCACGUAUCGUAAACUUUUAGUAACAUUCUUAUUCCAUGUCCGAAAACUGUUCAGAAAACGUGAUAAUGGACGAGUAUACGUAUGAACCUGUUGACAACGUUGAUGCAGAUCCCGAACAGCGACCUCAGGCUGCCAUUGCUGCUGACGCUGAUAAUACGUUGACGUCAGUAUUGGAUCAGCACUGUACACAAGCACACGUUGAUGUAGGCUUUGCUCCCUGUCCAGAAACGACGAGACUCACAUCGCCAUCCCGUGGUAACAGGGAAAACCAGCCCCUUUUACACCACGGACGUAGCAAAAUGGAAAUUGACAAUGACUAUAACGUAUUUGCUGACGAUCCAGAAUUCACACAAAUUGUUCGACAGGCAGAGGAAACAAUUUUAAAUGGCAUUAUGCCUGAGAGAAUACGACAAGGGACCAGUGGAAGUUAUUUUGUCAAAGAUAUGGAAGGGAAAACUGUAGCUGUAUUUAAACCCAAGAGUGAGGAGCCAUAUGGUCAUCUCAACCCCAAGUGGACUAAAUGGCUACAUAAAAUUUGUUGUCCCUGUUGUUUUGGAAGAGGAUGUCUUGUUCCCAAUCAAGGCUACCUAUCAGAAGCUGGCGCCUCAUUGGUAGAUAUGAAACUUAAAUUGAACAUGGUACCAAAAACUAGGGUUGUAAAGUUAGCUAGUGAAACAUUUAACUACUCAGCAAUAGAUAGAGCUAAGGCUAAAACAAAAAAAUAUGCAUCUGAAAAAUGGGAAAAAAUUGGAAAAACAUUCAAAAGAAUUGGACUUCCUCCAAAAACCGGUUCAUUUCAGUUAUUUGUUAGUCAAUAUAAAGAUGCUGAUUAUUGGUUACGAAGAUUUGACACAGAGUCUCUACCAGAGUCUACUGCAAAACAAUUUCAAUGGCAAUUUGAACGACUCGUGGUGUUAGAUUAUAUUAUUAGAAAUACAGAUAGGGGCAAUGACAAUUGGUUAAUAAAAUAUGAUAAGUCAGAUAUAAGUGAGAAUGACGAUGAUGACAAUGACCCUGAUUGGACGAUGGUCAAACCACCUGAAAUCAAGAUAGCAGCAAUUGACAAUGGUUUAGCAUUCCCAUUCAAGCAUCCCGAUUCAUGGCGAGCUUACCCGUAUCACUGGGCGUGGUUGCCGCAAGCCAAGACGCCGUUCUCCAACGAAACACGAGAUCUUGUUUUACCUAUGAUAUCUGAUAUGAAUUUUAUACAAGAACUGUGUGAUGAUUUGUAUGAACUAUUUAAGGUAAUUUAUCAUUUCUUUACUGCCACUUUAUAGUAACAACUAUAAAUAUUAAAACUGAUGUAUUAUGCUCAAGUACUAAAUCUCAGUCAAGCCCUACGAGACGGCAAGGCACCAGUCCAACUUGUGCAAAUGCCACUGGUUAUUGUAGAAAGAAGUAAAUCCGGUGAACAUGGUCGGGUGCGAACUUUGAGCGAUUCAUUUACACAGAGUUUUCAAAAUAAGUCACCAUUCUUUUCAUGGUGUUAACAUUAUCAGUAUUUUUGAAUCA